AUGGGCCCCUGUACCGCCUCCUCAUGCUGCUGCCAGGCCCGUAAUCUGUCAUGGGCCCCUGUACCGCCUCCUCAUGCUGCUGCCAGGUCCAGAGUGUGUCAUGGGUCCCUGUACGGCCUCCCAUUGCUGCUGUCUCCAACGCCACACUCUGCCAUGUGCCACUUUCAGGUCUCCUCACAACUGCUGGUGAGUUCCAUUUUGUCAUAGGGUGCUGGCAGAUUACGGGCCUCCCAUUGCUGCUGCCAGGCCCGUAAUCUGCCAUGGGCCCCCGUACCGACUCCUCAUGCUGCUGCCCAGGCCCGUAAUCUGUCAUGGGCCCCUGUACCGCCUCCUCAUGCUGCUGCCAGUUCCAGAGUGUGUCAUGGGUCCCUGUACGGCCUCCCAUUGCUGCUGUCUCCAUCGCCACACUCUGCCAUGUGCCACUUUCAGGUCUCCUCACACUGCUGGUGGGUUCCAUUUUGUCAUAGGGUGCUG